UCAUAUCCGCUGCGAAGUGCAGCCUAAAGUGUUCCUGCCGGUACCGGCUAAACCAGUAACAGUCUGGUCAGCAUUUAGGAGAUUUCCUGGCGUUUGCGUGAUCGUUUUGUUGCUGUUGUAAAUAAUCAAGGCGGAGCAUGUGUCAGAGGAGUCUGGAAAAAAAUGUAGGACAGUAAAUGUCACAUUGACAGGCGAGGACACACCCCCUAUCAGGUCCUACUUUUCCUAAGCUCUUAAAAGCAAGUCCGGAAAACAAUGCUGCAGCUUGGGGAUGAAGUUUCCGUCUUCUCGCUUGUCUUCGUGGUCGUUCUGUUGGGGACUCGAAGCCCAAUAUGGACAACCGCGCUCAUUGCCUCCCUCUACCUAUUUUUAGCCAUGUUCCGGUUCCCCCAGGUGGCUACGAGUCGAGCCUGGCAGGUGCUGCAUCCUGCUACCCGCGUGGUGGGCACCGGGAAGGUGUCAGUGGUCGCUCAUCGGGGCGGUGGGCACGAUGCACCGGAAAACACAAUAGCAGCGAUUCAGGAGGCCCAUAAGAAUGGGGCAACUGGUGUUGAGUUGGACCUGGAGUUCUCAGCAGAUGGCAUCCCAAUACUGAUGCACGAUGACACUGUGGAUCGGACCACCAAUGGGUCAGGGCCACUCAGCCAGAUGAGAUUUUCAGAGUUGCGUAAACUUGAUGCAGCUGCUAAACAUCGUCUCAGGGACAAAUUUGCUGGAGAGAAGAUCCCAACUCUGGAGGAAGCGGUGGUGGAAUGCAUCAAACUGCAGCUCACCAUCUACUUUGAUGUCAAAGGUCAUCCAGAAGAGGCAGCCGCAGCUCUUAAAGACAUGUACAAGAAGUAUCCAAAACUGUACAACAUCAGCAUCGUCUGCUCCUUCGAGCCCAAAGUCAUCUACAGGAUGAGACAGAGUGACCCUGAAGUGGUCACAGCGCUGACCCACAGGCCAUGGAGCCUGAGUCGUUUCGGAGACGGUGCCCCACGUUUCUUAUCAUCAUGGAAACAUUAUUGGAUGACACUACUGGACAUCUUGUUAGACUGGGCGCACCAUCAUGUGUUGUGGAAGCUUUGUGGCAUCUCAGCCUUCCUGAUACAGAAGAACUUUGUGUCACCGGAGUAUGUGCAGUACUGGGCUCAGAGGGGGGUGGAAGUUGUUGCCUGGACCGUCAACACAAAAGUGGAGAAGGAGUACUACCAAGAGCUGCUACACAUCAACUACAUCACAGACAGCCUCGUGGAAGACUGUGACCCUCAUUACUAAGGAAACCCAGCAAACAUCUUGCUCACACACAUCCUCAUGAAACAAAAUUCAUAAGUAGAAGGAAUGUUUUCUCACUGGAAAUGAUCUGACUGUGGCAGUAGGUAAUAGAGAGCAAAUGCUCUCUGUUCUCUCAUCUCCUGGCACAGCUUCAUUCAUCUCUGCAGAGGCUUUCAAACUUAUCAGACUCAUUUUCUUACUUGAUAACAAACGACCAGGUAAUAAGUUUUGUUUUCACAGAAACAUUUAAACUAUAUGAGAGAAGGUCAAUUAAAUGCAUUGCAUUUAUAAACCUUUAAAUACAGCCUGAUGUUAAUACAAGUCUAAAAAACACCGUGUAUCAAACGUACUGUAUAUAAAUAUAAAUACUCAGGACUGUAAUUGUUUUUAGUUUUAUGUUUGCUGACUUUAAUUGUGUCUUUUCAGUUCCUCACUAAGGGUAAUUUAUGACCAAAACUUUUUUUUUUAAUCAAUUAAUAUGUAAGAAAAAGUCACUGUAUUUACUUGCAGAAAAUAAGCCAAUACAAAAAAAUGACGAAUAUAUAUGGAUAGAAAAUUAUCAAGGAAAAGGAAGUAUUUAUGCAUUUUUUUUAUCUUAAAGUUUUCACCUUUGUGUCUUUAUUAUUUUAUUAACAUUUGCCAUUAACCUUUUUUAUUUUUCAGUCUGUAGUAUUUCUCUUACCUCACUAGCUGAGAAGCUGCUGAAAUGCAUUCUUUUAACAAAGAAGUGUAACUGGUGCAAAGAAAGAGUAAAGGAUGAGCAGUAAAAAUAAAUAAAUAAAUUCAGAAAGUGAUCUGUAUUAAACAGGAAGCAGGUUUCCGUCUGAUGGAACAGCACAGGUGUAAAUAACAAUGACAGUGAACAAUGAUGUGUGCUGUGAGGGUGUUAUAACUGGGACACCUGAGUGGAACGCAGCUCUAAUUAAUGUUAUAUAUAUAUAUAUAUGGUUAAAUAACAAAUCAUAAUAGAAUUGCUUGAAUGCUUUUGAUCCAAACACUAUAAUUAGAUUACAGGUGAUUGUCUUCUUUUAAUGUAGUCGUCUUGUCUUAAAACCAGUUAAAUGAAUAAUGAAUGUUUGAUUGUUUUUCUACUCUGUUUUUAGAGAGGUUAUGCUGGACUGAAAUUUGAAUAAAGAGUUGGAUGUUCAAAUAAAGUAUCUUUUUUUGGACCACA